UAAUGCUGCACCUUGCGAAUGCUUUAGUGUGUGCCUUGGGCGUAAGCAAAGUCGAGUCAUUUAAUUAUACAGAUUAAGUUGGUAGAGGAGCAUAUAUAUCUUUCUCCUCUUUACUCUGCCUUUGCCAAGAAACGACUACUAAGGCUUUACAAAAAGAAAAUGAACAGGUUCAAGAUGGUAGAUUCCAACCAGUGGCCGAACAUUGAAGUCAACGUAGCCUUAUGUGGGAUUUCGGGUUCAGGGAAAUCUCAGUUCAUCAACACAGUUCUUGGGCUGAGAGCUGACGACCCUGGCGCGGCGCCCGUAGAUGCCUUUGGUUCGCAACGUACCACAAGGCGCUAUAAACACCCCGAGCUGCCAGGUCUUAUUUUCUGGGAUUUGCCGGGAAUUGGAACUGGUGAAUUUGGCAGAGAUAAUUAUUUGAAAACUGUUGACUUUAACACUUAUGAUUUCUACUUGAUAUUUGGACGGGGAAGGUUCUAUGAAGAAGACGCGUGGUUCGUUAAACAGGUGAACCGACGUCGAAAGCAUUUCUUUUACAUUCGAACGCAUAUUGACCAGGACAUAGAAUCCAUGAAAAGAGGUGGUGAAAAAACAUCAGCCGAGGAAUCAUGCUUAGAUAUCGUCCGAAAUGACUGCGAGACGCAAAUUCAAAACGCUGGUACUGAAGCGACCAGUGCUCAAGUCUACUUAAUAUCUACACGGUUGCAGGACAAAGACAA